AGGGAUCCUUUUGCUGCACACCAUGAAUAUAUGCGGCAGAUGAUGAGAAGUUUUUCUGAUCCUUUUGGACGAGAUCCCUUUCUCAGUAUAACAGAUGGUGGGGAGAGAACAGUAGAUCGAAGAGCACGCCAGGACUCUCAGGUUGCUCUAAGAGGAAAUCGCAGACAGGAUGCAGAUUUUGGGGAACCCUUUUUUGCAAUGGACAGGAUGAUGUCAAAUAUGAGAAACAGUAUGCUGGAAAUGCAAAGAAAAUUUGAUGACCUGUCCAUCCAUCCAGAUGCCCACACGUUCAGCUCCUCCUCUGUGAUGACAUACUCCAAAGUAGGGGAUGAACCACCAAAAGUUUUCCAGGCUUCAGCUCAGACACGCACAGCUCCAGGAGGUGUUAAGGAGACAAGAAAAGCAGUCAGGGAUUCUGAAAGUGGACUGGAGAAAAUGGCUAUUGGUCAUCAUAUUCAUGAUCGUGCUCAUGUCAUUAAAAAAUCAAAGAACAGGAAGACUGGUGAUGAAGAAAUGAACCAAGAAUUCAUCAACCUGGAUGAAACUGAGGCCCAGACCUUUGAUGAAGAGUGGCAGAAAGAGAUUAUGAAGUUCAAGCCAUCUAGAACUAGAUGCAAUUUAGAAGCUCCAAAGUACCGAAGUAUUCAUCACAUACCCAAGGAAGAUGGAUCAAGAAGAGAGAAACCACUUGCGGUUGCAGGUUCCAGGGAGCCCAGAGCUUCUUUGGAGAAUCUCAAUGUGAAGGGAACACAUGUCCCCAUCAAAAGCAGCAAAAAAUAAAUUGCUUCCAUUCUCCAUUUGGAUGGAGUUUCUUCAGAGGAGAUAAUGGUGCUGCAUUGCUUAUGUUCAUAUAAGUAUACACGUAUAUAUGACCAAUCUCUGUUUGUUGUUUUAGUUAAGUAAUAGCGUGCCUUCCUACUUCGAUCUUUUGACAACUGAAUGUUCUUUAA